AUGGCCAAGUUCAAGAACCACACCACACCCAACCAGUCCCCAAAUUGGCACAGAAAUGGUAUCAAGAAACCAAGAUCGCAACAAUAUGAGUCUCUUAAGGGGGUAGACCCCAAAUUCCUGAGGAACAUAUGCUUUGCCAAGAAGCACAACAACAAGGGCCUUAAGAAGAUCCAAGCCAACAAUGCCAAGACCAUGGAUGAACGUGCUGCGGCUGUGAAGGUUCUUGUCAAGCCCAAAGAGGUCAAGCCCAGGAUCCCAAGGGGUGACAACCACAAGCUCAGCCGACUCACCUACAUCGCCCAUCCUAGGCUUGGGAAGCAAGCUUGGGCCUGCAUUGCCAAGGGGAUCAGGCUUAACUGGCCAAAAUCCAAAAGCCACGCCAGAGCUACAGCCCGGGCACCAGCUAAGGCCUCAACCCAGGCUCCUGCUCCAAGCCAGGCUCCUAAAGGUGCCCAGGCCCCUGCAAAGGCUCCAUAA